CUGAGAUCCACUUUUACAGCAAUUUACAUGUAAGAGUUUUUAAGGAUGCCUCCACUGACUUUUUCUUCUUCUUCAUUUUUCUUAUAAUUUGCACACUUUCCGGCUAAAUGGGUUUGGAUCUGUGGGAAAAUAUCUUCACAGCAAAGUAUCUGAUUGGUCAAAGUUAACAUGCCCCUGGUGAUCUGCCUUCCAUCAACGACGAGCACGCGGUCCAGCUCGCAGAGGACGCCGCUUCACAGCACACACGAAGGGCGGCAAAGGAGUUGCAUCUGUUCCUUUAGAAGAACUGCCAGGAAAACAAGGAGCCCGCUCAUUCUAGUGAGAGCUGCAACUCAAGAGGGAGGCAGCCAUCAAAACAGAACAACCCUGCUGAGAUGAACUGAACCCUCACGAGGCGCAUUUGUUCGCUAAUGACAGGGGUUACACACGCAGUCAGGCCUUCGAUAGGAUCUCAUUUGUCCUCAAGCAGAGCAGGCGUUCAUCCGUCCCCCCCGGGUGCAUUUCUGCGUAUUAUUAACGACGUCUCGUCGUGAUGAAGGCACCGAACAACAACCGAGGAAGAAGAGAUGAGACUUGACUGGCGCUUCAGACUCAGCGCUGUAACUGAUCCAAUCUGUUUUUAUUACCGUUUCCAACAACAACGACAACAAAAAAACAACCGUGAGGCGUUUCUUAGCUGCUGUUCACUGCUGAACAGUUGUUUUUAUUCAUAAAGUCGCAGUCAUCAUAUUUUAGGAAUGCUAGCCAGAGCAGGUUAUGACGCUACAUGGUGUGCGUGGAACCAAUUUUCUUUGGCAAUAUGAAACGUGGAUGGUAACAUUUCAGACUCGACACAAACUGAAAAUCACAUCUGUAGGGGAGCCUGUGGAUUGGUGGAACAUUUCUGAUAUUUUUCUCUCUAGCUUGGAGCUCCUGUUAGCUAGUUUAUUAAGAAUGUGGUGCAAAGUAAUUGCGCGUGUCUGCCAAUAGAUGGCAGCACUAUUUUCUCUGCUGCACCAAUAGUAAUUGCAUUGGUUGAUCUCAAAACACAAAGAAUGAAAUGUUACAAUUAGACCAGGUUAGUCACAAGAAAAUAAGGAUGUUGACCAAAUAACAUUGAAACUUUUUAGGGUGCAAGAAACCUUUUUUGAAAAGAUAAAAAGGGCUGUGACUUUAGUUUAUAUGUGUGUGAAGCCAAGUCACAAAAUCACUUUGUGGAACAUUCUUCAGCUCCCAAUUUCCCCUUUGGAUCGGCUCACUCUGCUUGGCAGAAGAGUAGAUUUGGUUUAUCCCCCCCGCUGUUUUUACAACCUUAACAUCUGAUAACCAUAUUUUCAGUUUCUGUUCACCACUUUGACACGAAAUGGCGAGUAAAUUCUGCUGUCCUCCUCUAAGACAAUACUUUAGCUCUGUAUGAACAUCUCUCUGUUCAGGUGUUUAAUGUGUUUUUAUUACUUUCCUUUUUAUUUAUUUUUCUAUUUGGCAACCUGAUGGGUUCCUGUGUUGUUACAUUUUACAUAUUUAUGUCUAAGUGUAAUAAAACAUCACUCCUGCACUGCGAGCAGAGAGACAGGAGUCCUUCGUCCUUUUCCUCAACCAAAAAUACUUACCGAAUCUUUCAAAAUGCUUUGCAUAUUUUUAUUCUUGACAUGUUGCUACAAUGAUUGUUAAAAUUCUGGUGAUUUCUCACGAGCCUGAUUCUUGCGUGCCCUCGCUCCCUUGCGUGCAGUGCGUGAUGUUCGUGGGCGGAGCGCGGCCAUGUUGGCUCCCCUCAGUGACUGCUUUAGCAUGAAACGCAGCGAGGCUCUUACAUACUUGAGAUGCCCAUUUUACUCUUCCCACAAGCAGUUUGAUCUCCUGCAAUUUAUAAGAUGUGAUUUUAUUUUUUUUUUUAAAGAAAUAAAAAAGCCAAAAUGUGCAAGAGCUUUAUUCCAAGGUUAUGAGGCGUAUUUCAUUUAACUAUUCUUUGUUGAUUUCUCUAUAAUUCGACAACUGAAGGGCACAGAGAUGUUAAAUUUAUAUGAAUACUUUUAACCUGUCAUUUUUCUAUCUGCAACUGACUGAUUUAGACCUUCUUUUUAAAUUUUUUUUUUUGCUUUUUUGUAUUGUUUUCCUGUUUGUGUAUGAGCUCCGUGUGUCCAGCCGUUUCCAGCGCACGCUCAGUAUUUGCGGGGUCGUCGUGGACGAGUCGUCUCCAGCAGUAAAUGGGACAAAAUGGCAGGCUACCCCUCACAACAUGAAAGAUCGAAAGAUUCAUUCAUUUGCAAUGUUAGACAAUAAAGUCAACUUGAAGUUUCCAUGCUGGAAAACCCGUGCAGUCUGAAAGAGAACGCCCCCAAGGGCAUUUUGUAACAAGCCCGGUAAAUAAAUCACACUUUUACAUUUUUAAGUGUUCACACAGCAAUAAAGUUGUGUUUUCAUACACUGCCUUUUUUGAGUUUUGCACAUGGGAUUUCAUCAGUGAAAUAUAAAUUCAGUUCACAGUACAAUGAAAAUCAAAAGGCCUUUGACCAAAUCAGUUUCCAUUUGAAUAGUGGAGUCUCGUUUUCUCUGCGCCGCUGAUGAACGAGCCUCACAUCAGCACACAUCACACGACAUUCAUACAUUUUUCAAAGCCCUUUGAAAUGCAAUGUUUAGUCUUUGAAAUUCAUAUGAAGUAGUCAAGAUAAUUCUGUGCCUGUUUGCCAUGCGGAUCCCUUUAACGCUCCUGAUUCUAUGAUUUCCACCUUUUAUCCCUUAUAUAUAUGUGUAUGCCUAUGUCUUAGAGAGGUAGUUUUCCGAUCUUUAUAUAACCGAACUGGAAGUGACCCCAGGCUGGAUUUGCAGAUCUCCGUAAACUAGAGUAGCUGAGGUCGUGUUUGACAGAUUUAUCCUUCUUUCGUGGGAGCAGAAAAAGCUUCAGGGUGUCUGCUGCCUGACAACAGGCUACAUCAAAAACAGAUUUUCUUACAUGCACAAAAUUUCAGGGUUUUCUGAACUUUGCCCCGGCUCUAGAAAUUCUCAUUAAAAGCACUGAAAAGCGGGCAAGUGUGUGAAUCGGGUUUUUCUGUCUGUUCUGUUGUUGGCAAACCUUGCAGAAGAUAUUAAAGGUAAUUAUUUUCGACAAAGGAACAGUGCUUUAUUUUCAGCUGGAGACUACGUUGGCAUCGUUUCUUCUGUCCCCCAGAAUGAGACUGUUGUUUAUUUCCAGGUUAAGUAAAGAAACUAAAUAUCACACGGUUAGAGGGUUUAGCAAUGCUGUGAACUAUGUACAAUCUCUAAGUCAGCAUAUCUUGCAAGCGAGUUCACACUUGAUAAAUGUUUUCAUGUUUUGCCACAUAAAAACAAAUAACUUAAUAUUUGAACCUUCUUUCACUCAAUUUACAGGAACAAAUUUUUAUAGGUGGUAUGUCUCUGCUAGCUUUGCACAUUUUGAGAUAAAACGUCAGUUGUUUUUUUUACUAGUAUUAGCAACGGCCUGUUAGCUGCACCAUAGGUAAAAGAAAGAACGAUGUGGCAGAGGACUUUCAAAAACCUAGUCAAUAAAAAAAUUGGAUAGUCGCUGAUGACAGAAAGUCAUAAAUUUGCAAGAAAAAAAUAUAAUUGUGCAUCAUUAAACAAAUAAAUUCAUUGUAUUAAAACUUUGAUAUUCUCUUACUGUACAUAUAAGGGCAUUUUUGCAGCAAAAAAUACCAGAAGUCCUCUAAGGUUUGGUGAUGAUUUCAUGUCUGGUUGUUUUCCGAAAUGUCAGAGGGUAUAUGUGAGUUCUUUUCUAUAUCUCUGGGAAAAUAUUCAUGUGUGUAUAUCUAAAAAUGUACCACUUAAAUGUUAGAAGAACUAUGGUAUGUUUUGUACCAAAUGUCUGACUUUAUAAUCUUAGUAAACUGACUUAUUUAUCAUGCUGGCUUUACAAUGUUAGAGAAUAUUCCAGGUCUAAUAUUAUAAAUAUAUACCUUUAAUCAUGAAAAAAAAUAAUUACGUGUGUUGCAAAUGUACAACUUUUCCACAUGAGAGAAUAUCCUUUUUUAAUUAUUUUUUUUUUUUAGCAAUUACGCAAAAAUAAUCCAGAAAUUUGGGAUUAUACUCCUCCGUGGCCACAUUUUAAUUUUCUUUCACUCUCCAGUAGCCCUAAUUCUUUAUCACAUUACAUUGAAUCCCGAAAGCUGAAACGCCUACAAAUGGCACUCUCGGUCUUCCAUACAUAAACACUGUUUUGCUUCAAAACAAAACGUCGGAUUGCGCCCGUGAAAGAAAGCGACCCGUUACCAUAGAGACGACGAAAAGGCUCUCGAGAGUUUACUGUAGAAGUGAAUUACAUUGAGGGGAGAAAAAAUAACAUCUGGAGGCCGACGGGAAACAGAGCAAGCAAUGUUUUCCAAGAUGACCAGCGACCGGACGGUUUGUCUGAACAGGAAGUCGAAUGUCCAAGGCGCGAUGACGGGACGGGACUUUAUAGCAGCGCAGAUAGAGCUGAAGGACAAGGAGAGAGAGCUGGAGGAGCUCAGGCAGAAGACCCAUGAGCAGAAACAGUAUUUGAUUUAUUUACAUCGGCGUAAUGAGGAGCUGCAGCAAACCGCGAAGGAAGCACGUGAGCAGCGCUUCAAGCUGGAAAUGUUUUUUCGGGACGAAGAAACGGAAUCCGACAGGUUGACGGCUGAGAAGGAGAUGAAGGAGGCGAUGGAGAAGGAGGCGGAAGUACAGAGGCUGAAGGAGGAGUGCGUUUUGCUGAAGAGGAGGAAGCGGGAGAUGCAGCUUCAGACCCUCAAAUACACACACUACAGGGAGUUCUUGGAGCGCGUGCUCAAGCUAACAAAAUUCACCAACGUGGACGCGCUCGCAGGCUACUUCGAGAACCUCCUCUACAUCAGGGACCAGCUGUACCAGAGGGAGACUCAGGUGCAGGAACACAUGGAGCAGCAGAAGAAAGCCUUCCAGAUCCUGAAGGACCAGCACAACCUGCUGUGGCUGCAAAAGAACAACCACCUGUCGCAGCUCCAGACGAACCUGGAAAAGGCCCGCUCCAAAGCUCUGAUAUGGGAAAGGCAGUGGAACCAAAUUCAGGAAACGGCUGCAAAGAAAACGCUGGAGCUGGGCCAGAUCACGUACGCGACCCUUAACCUCUUCGAAAUGGCCGGCGGGGUGAUUGGAGUAAGCGGUUUGUACAUCCACGACACAGAGAAACAACUGGAGGCGAUCAAGAACUUCAUGAUGGACCACACGGACAUUGUGAAACAUUAUCAGACAUACGUGCAGCGAGAAGCCAGAGGAAGCAGACCAGAAAACAUUGCAAAUAUUAAGGAGCAAACUGUUUAACCUUGUCCCAGUGUUGUAAUAUUACAAAGUGUUGAUUUCAAAUUUUAAAAAAAGUACAAAUUA